AUGAGUCCUGCAGCCGUCGAAACUGAGUCUGCUUCCCACGAUGCGGUCCCCAAGCAGCGCCGCUUUGGUACUUUCGACGUCCCUGAUGUCGCCACGAAACGUAUGGAAAAGGCAGGAAUAGAUCUUAGCCAGGGUUAUCCUGAGUACCCGGCCGAACUCAAGACGUUCAAGGAUAUUCACAAUCUACAGCCAGGACCUAUAGAGUUUUCUGACCCCGGUGCCCGCGCUGACCGUGAGAAGAAAGCUCUCUUCGGCGCCGCGAAGGAAGUGCGCCAUUUGACUUACUAUUGCGGAACUGAGAUCGUGGGUCUGCAGCUCAAGGACUUGACACCCACGCAACUAGAUGAGCUGGCUCUCUUGGUUGCUGAGAGAAAUGUUGUCUUUUUCCGUGAUCAGGAUCUUUCGCCCCAACAGCAAAGGGACGUCACAGGACACUUCGGGCCUAUCUUCUGUCAAGGUCCUCACGUACCUGGCGUUCCGGAAGCUUCUGUCAUCUGGUCACAAUUCUUUGCAAGCCAUAUUCGCAAGCCGACCUUCAGAACACCAUUCCAAGGAUGGCAUACUGACAUUGUCCACCUGAAGCAAAACUUCGGAAUCACCCAUCUCCAUUACGACACCGUCCCUCCUUAUGGAGGUGACAUCCUCUGGGCCAGCGGAUACGCCGCUUACAACAAACUGUCACCCUCCUUCAGAGACUUUAUCGACGGCAAAAUGGCAGUCAUGAGGUCAGGAGACCCCUACAUAGACGAAAACGACCCCGGUGCCGGUCCUAAAUAUGUGGAAAAAAUUCACCCGAUAGUUCGAGUUCACCCUGCCACAGGCUGGAAGUGCCUUUAUGUAAACGGCCCGUGGGUUCUGAGAAUCCUAGGGUUGGAGAAGGCCGAAAGUGACAUGUGUCGAUGGCACUGGACCCCAGGAACUUCCGCACUUUGGGACAAUAGGUGUACAUUGCACAAUGCUAGUUGGGAUUAUGAGAAUCGCGUGACUCGCCAUGGUACCCGAGUUGCCACCAUCGCAGAGGCGCCCUACUUUGACCCGAAGGCUAAAUCGAUGAGAGAAGAUCUGGGCCUUGAGGAUUAA